CAUGUGCGGAUUUGGCGCGCUGCGAAACUGUCUCAGCAUCAUACCAGGAUCCUUGCACUGGCUCUCCGAUUCCCACAUCGCGCAGAUCAAGGAUGGUAUCUACAUCGCCCCAUUUGUGGCCAUGGUACAGAGCACGUGGGGAAGUGCGUCCGGCCACUUGAUGUCGUAUCUUACCUCAGCCGUGUGUAUCGACGGCCAUGACGAGUUGUAUCGGCAAGUCCUGAACUGGAUCGCCAGACAGCACAUGACGAAGACUAGCAGGGACCUUAGGGCGUCGACGCAAAAACGUGUGUAUGCGUGUGACGACUCGGGACUGGAGGACGAGGGUGAAGACGCGAAUGAUGAUGUGUUGGGUGAAAACGAGAUGUUCAACUUCGAUAAGUGGGCGAGCGGAAUACCACCUUACUACGAGCCGAACUAUGGGUGGAACUGGUUCUGGCAUGGAGGACGAUUCUUUGUCAUUUUCCAUGAGAAGAAAGAACUCAUGUCCGAAGGUUGGAGUCGGGAAGAGAGGAACCUGAUCAUCCGACGCAUCGGCCGCAACACGCAGCCUAUCAAGGACUUACUAGACUAUGUGAAGAAGUGGACACUCCAGAAGGAAAAGAAGUUGACGAGGGUUCAUCGCCCAGGCUCGGAAGGACGUGGUGACGAGGAUUGGAUACUCCAGGCGCAACGUCCACUGCGGCCGAUGAGUACUGUGGCACUGGACAAUUCGCAAAAGGCCACGAUUGUAAGGGAUAUUAACGACUACUUGCAGCCUGCAACUGCGCGCUUUUACAGUGCGAAAGGUAUACCAUAUCGACGCGGUUAUCUGUUCUAUGGUCCGCCGGGAACAGGUAAGACAUCCUUGUCAUUAGCGCUAGCUGGCUUGUUUGGACUCCCACUGUAUUGCAUUGCCUUGAAGGAGGGGGAUCUCACCGAGUCUGCUUUGGCUAGACUCUUCAACGCGCUUCCGAGACGUUGCAUCGUUUUGUUGGAAGAUAUCGACGCUGCUGGUCUGCGUCGCGAUAUUGGGUCAGAUACCGCUGAUUUGCCCGCAGAGACUGAGACAACUGACCCGUCGCCGCAGACAGAAUAUGCAUAUAGAGACAAGAAAAGCAACAUCAGUAUGGGCGGAUUACUGAACAUCAUCGACGGCGCAACGUCUCAAGAAGGCCGUAUUCUGAUCAUGACUACAAACUACAAGGAUAAACUCGACAAGGCAUUGACCAGGCCAGGACGUGUGGAUCUGGAGAUCGAGUUCUCACUCGCCAAUCAUAAACAAAUCUGCAACAUGUUCAACCGCAUGUACAGCGACAAGUAUGGCGACGAUGAAGAGUUUCUUCAACUUUUGUCAAAGAAGACUGUCCUGGAGCACGUUGACGCGGAAAAAGUGCCAGACAUGGCAGAGCGAUUCGCAAAUGCGCUGUCUGUUGGUGGACUCUCGCCCGCGCAGAUCCAAGGCUAUUUACUGAUAUUCAAGAACCAACCGAGUAAGGCACUGGAAGAGGUCGAAGCAAGGGGCGUGGAUGCUAUCCGGUGUAGUAAAGAAAGUGAACGGAAGGAGGCUGAAGAAAACCUCGUCAACGAGCACAACGUCGAGAAAAGUUGAGUUCAUUGUGGUUAUUGGCGUUCUUGACUUCACAAUCAUCGCCACUUUUCUAGCUCUUCUUCCCAUGUUUUUCCUACGACGAUACGUCACGAUCAGGCCGACACCCGCUAAACUGACCGGAGAAAUCAGCCCCCAAUCUCACACUUAUUGGUGGCCUUACCGCGAGGCUGUGUAACUCUGAAACUUCCCACUAGACUGGACCUUGUAUUACUGGCGUUGAUGGUGUGAGGUUGAAAACCUUGGUUGCUCAAACAAAAGGUACGCUUGACACAGCGCGUGCCCUCACCAUCCUUCUCCAGCGCCUCGCUCUUCAACUACCACGAAACCGCAACAUCAAAGAGGAAUACAGAAGGAUAC